CACAGAGGUGUCCUGCCUGGAAGCCCUUGGUCUUCACACCCUGAACAUCACCCUCUCCAGCAGGACACACCUUCGGCUCACGGAGGGACUGAGUCACCCUUCUACCCUCAAGCGGAGGCACCUUGACUGCGUCGUGCAGAAGAACCCAGCAUGUUAGCAUUUUUGGCUUUGGCGUCCAUCGCACUAGUAGGGAUAGCCCCGCAGUGCCAGGCUAUCGUCAUCUACACGGGCUGGGAGCGCCACGCCCUGGUCGGCUCGGACGUCCGGCUGUCCUGCUCGUUUUUCUCAUGGCGCUGGACCUCCGAAGACGUGACUUUCUCCUGGAGCUACCGGCCCGACGGCUCCCGUGACAGCAUCUCCAUUUUCCACUUCACCGGUGGCGCCCCCUAUGUGGAUAACAAGGGCCCGUUCCGGGACAGGCUGGAAUUCGUUGGGAACCCAGGCAGACGAGACGGUUCAAUCCUUAUCAAGAACCUGGACUUCAGUGACAACGGAACCUUCACCUGCGACGCCAAGAACCCCCCCGACAUAGUGGGCCGCCCCUCCAGCGUCCGCCUGCUGGUUUUUGAGAAUUUGCCUGUCCAAGCCGGUGUUAUCACUGGGGCCAUCAUUGGGGCCGUUCUGGGCCUUCUGGUGCUGAUCGUGGUGAUCUACUAUUUAAUGAGGUUCCUUGUGGCUCGGCGUGUCUUCAACCUCAGUGUCAGCAAACACGGGAAGAAAGGGAAAGGUAAAGAGGGAUCUCAACAGAGGCAGGGCCCUGUCCUCUACGCCACCCUGGACCAGUCCAAGCUGAAAGCCUCGGCCUCCGAAAAGAAGAAGCAGGAGUCGCGCAAGGAUAAGAAAUAGGAUUCGGGGAGCAGAGAGCUAGUGGCCCUGGAGAAACCCCGCCCAAACCAGUCCAAAUCCCAGAAACAGAAACCAAAACCUGAGGGGGAGCAGGGGGCAGGCCAGUCACCCAAGGGGGGCAGGGUUCUGAUGACCAUUGAACUGGAGCUGACCAAGGGGGAGAAGGUCAAGGAGGGGGAGGGGAGCAUGCCUAAAUCGCCAAGCUUUUUGGCCCAACUCACCAGCAAACUGACUCAAAAAUAAACCUUAUGGGGGGGGGGGCAAGGAGGGAGUUAGGGCUUGACGUCAAUGAGACAAAGGGGUGGGAUGCGCCAUAGGGCCCCCAUCAAAGAGCAGAUCGGCCCAGAUUUGGGCAAAUACAUCAGAAUACAGCCCAGUUCAAUCCUCUUUCAUCCGAGCUAAAGAAAACAUUCCGCUAAAAUUCAUGGAAACUACGCCAACUGUUCACUUUAAGAGCUGUCAUACCUACUACCGAAAAAAAUUUACUAAACGUCUAAACCUUGCACCUCAGGUUGAUCCAUUAAUCCAUCUGCGGAUGUUUUUCAGGCCUCGCUGUGCGAACUCGGAAUACACGUGUAUCGUACAGUGAAAACUCAACAACAAUCAUCUUCUCAUUAGGUCGAUGUGAAUUUGGAGCAGAUGCUUAUCUUUGUUUUCGUUUAUAUAUGUAACAUCUUCUUCCACUUCAUUCAGCUGAAAUGGUUGGCAACCAUAAGUAUUAAUUUUCCACAAUCUCUCUCUCUCUUUUUUCUCUCUCUCUCUCUGAUAGAUAUUCUGAGUCCCUUUUUUCCGAGCACUGACUGGCGCCUGGCUUCGACUCGCCCCCAACCCCUCCCCCACACGAUACUUAGCCUCACUGAUGCUGUGGCAACACGCCACUCCAGCUCCAUCCCAAAGACCUAACCCCACCCCCUGACAUAUCACACCUGCCCACACCGGUGUCUGAUUGGGUGAGUCCACACUCCUCCUGACAGCAAGCUUCCUAACCCCACCUCCCGAAGUAACAGCUCCGCCUCUACACCGGUGUCUGAUUGGGUGAGUUGACACACCCCCCACCCCCGACUUACUUGAUUCCUGUCCGAUAUUCCCGGCAAAGCUGCCAAAAAUGUGGCGCCUGCUUCCAAACACACAGAGAGUGGCUAUUUUCUUAAGCGGGUCGGUCUGUGACAAGUUAAAGGUGCUCAGAGAGACAGCCAGUCGGCCAUUUUGAAUGGCUUCUGGUGGGUCUUUCAUAGUCUCUUUUUGAUUCUUUAUUUACCUCAAUGACAGGUUACCUUGCUUUCAGAGGAAGCUGGACGUUAGAAGAGGGUUUACGUAUGUUAAACAGGGUUAUAUUGGCAAUUCCCACCGUCACAUAUCUGAGGAAGUGUUAGAACGACUGCAUGUCUGUCAGGCGGAGUCUGGCUCUGUGACUCCCUGAGGCGUCGCUCGGUGCCAGUGACUGAGAACUACAAAAUGACGUCAAAACUGGCCAAAAAGGGGUGUCCAUUCAUGGAAAAGGCGGAGACUGGAAGGGCUUUAGUGGUACACAGCUCAGACUCCACAGCAGGACUAUAGGCACCCGAAUCUGUCAGACUCCUCAGAUUAUUACUAGUAAGAACAAAUAUUUUCAUACUUGUAUCACUGUAUCAAUUCUAAAGAAACACAGCCGUCUUAAGCUGGCCCACAGUUGGAUGUGAAGUCACUGCUGAACAGUGGCAUGUGUUUCUGUUUCCAUUUUGACGUCUCCCCUCGCCUCCCCCACUCAGGCUUACGCAUCCUGUAAUUCUCCUCUCCCACCCCCACCCCCCCCGUCAUUGACCCCCCCUGCCCCCCUCCACCCUCUCACCCCCUUUCUGCUGGUUAGAAAAGCCCCGACGCCCCAGCUCCUUGACCUCUUCAGGUCCACGUUCCGAUCAGAUCCCCCUUCCGUUACCCGUUACCGUGAUGACGCCCAAAAACGAGGCCCUAAUUCAGCUAGCUCUCUGCCGGUCACAAAGUCCGUGUGUUUAUGUAUGUGUGUCAACAGACUGUAAAACAAUUAAAGAUAAAAAAGCGUUUGUGCAUGUCAUCAUACAUAAAGCAAAUAAUGACAGAUAGACAUUUUACAUGUGUAUAAAAAAAAAACGUUUGCAAGAGGCAGAAAUGUAAUAGUAUUUAAUGAUAUUUAAUGAUAUUUCUGUCCCUCAUUUUGAUGGCUCAGAAAAACGGAUCCCUUUGGCUGUUUUGUGGAUGAAUGUAGUUUCAGGAGAUGUUGUUGCUCACCUGCUGUGUAUCCAUUCAUGGGCCAUGGUGAAGAAGAUGAAGACGAAGAGGGAUUGGGGGUCUCACAUUCUAACCGUAGAUCUACGGUGCUGAUCAUGCUCCGGAUUGAUCUGAGAGAGCUUGCAGCGGAUAGUUUUGGGAGAAAAAUACUUUCCCUGUAAAUCCAAGCCAAAGUCCAUAUUUAUCACCAGCGAAAGAAUUUUCCUCAGCCAGAACUUCCAAGCCAUACUGUCUUUCUCCCGGAAACCAAGAUGGCUGAUAUCUGAGCACAGGUGGUUGUGGGUAAUGUAGUAGAAUUACACUCCUGAGUGGGGAUUAAAUUGACCAUAGUGAACAUAUGCCUUAUUGUGAUAGCCACAGUAGAUUUGCAGCAUUUUCUCCCUGUGGGACUUCCCCUCAUCCACAGUCCAGCCACACGGAUGUCCGACGUAUGAGUAGAUACUUAAAAUGUCUUGAAAUCUUUGUGUUGUGUAUGUUUUAUUUUCUUCAUCAGGAUUGAUAACUUUGCAACACUCCUUUAUUUUGUCAAACCAAUAGUCAGUCAUUAACAGCUUCCUUUUUUACAUUUAUUUUUAGUCUAACAGAAAAAAGUUACUAAUUUUCUUGGUAUAUGAAAUUUGUUGUAAAAAGAGUAUAAAAACAAUAAACUGGGUUGUAAAAUGGAAAGAGAAUAAAACCGAUUGAACAGAA